AACAAUCAUGAAACUUUUACUAUAUUUAGCAAUCUUUUAUUUCAAAAAUGCAUUAAUCCAAUCACUUCGUGACGAUUUAGAACAAAAUUUGGAUUUAAAUUCAAUAUUAAAAAGUAAAAAUUGGAUUCCUUUAGGCUGGGUUGUUUUAGUUCCAACGAAAUCAAAUUUAAGCGAAAAAAUGGACUUUUCUCUUCCUAAAUUACCCAAUUUAAUGAAUUUGCAAAAUCCUUAUGCGUUAAUGAAACCAAACGAGAUUCAUAACGAUGAAAACGAAGAAGCCGAUGUUAAAAAUAACAUUUUUAGAGUAAAAACACUAGUUAAAACCGACGAUGAUGAUGAUGAUGACGACGACAAUUGGGACAUUAAUAAUGAAUUAAAAGACACCGAAUUAAAAGCAAUGGAAUUAUUAAAUUUGUUUAAAUCGAAAGAUUUUGAAAAUAAUGAUCCGUUUAAAGUCGAUUUUGAGCUUAAAAAUAAAGAGCAUAAACUGAAGAAAUUAAUUAAAUCGUUUUCUAUUGAAUAUGAAGAAAGUUAUGAUGAUGAGUACGAAGAAAUCGAUGCAAAUAAUAUGCAACCUAAAAAGGAGAAAUUCAAAGUUGAGGAACUAAAAGAGCCAAAUGAUGAAAAUAAUAAAGGUGCAAUUAAAGAUCAUGUAUUUAAAGUAAAAACAAUAAUCGAUACGGAAGAUGAUGACGAUGAAAACAUAGAAGAUGAAUUGAACAACGAUUUGGAACUCAAAAAUGCGGAACUUAAAGCAAUAAAAAUAUUCAAUUUAUUUUUAAAGGAUGAUUUUGAAAAGAAUAUCGAUAACGAUGAGAAUAUUCAAGAACCAUGGAAAAUCGAUUUUGAACUCAAAAAUAAAGAACUAAAAGUUAAGAAACUAAUUAAAUCGUUUUCCAUCGAUUUUGAAGGAGAUGGCGAAGAAAACGAUGAUUACAAUGAAUUAGAUGAUUUUAGCAAUGAAUCCAACAGCAAAAAGAACGGCUAUAUUGUACAUAAAGUAAAAGAACUAAAAACAACGUACUCUGACAACGAAGAUUACCGAGAAAUAGAUGAAAAUAUUAAAGAUGAAUCGGAGGUUAAAGUGAUGAAACUAAUAAAAUUAUUUUAUAUUGAUUAUAAACCUAACGAAGAUGAUUUAGAGAUUCAAGUACUAGAUGAUCAAGAAAAAGAAGGUGAUUCUAAAAAUUUAAAUGUUGAAACAUCUAAUGAUGAACAUAAAGAAGGUGUGAUUGAAAAUGAAUCAAAAUAUAAAAACGAUGUAACAAGAUUGAUGAAGAUUCACAUGGAUGAUUCAAAAAGAUGAGAAGAAGAUGUUGCGAGUUGAUUGCGUUACUGGCUUUGUAUUGUUCAUAAAUAUAGUUUCUUUAUAUUUACAAAAUAUUCAAUUUUAUUUAUG